CCGAGCUUACUGCCUGCUGCUCCACUGGAAAAGAUGGCUGCCUCGGCGGCAUCGGAGGGUUCUUCCCCCGGUUUGUGCCCAAGCUACGCCGUGAUAUGCUCUUUUCUUGAGCGGUAUGGAGCCUUGCUGGAUCUACCGGAGCUUACAUUUCCACAGCUGGAGAGGUAUCUCCAAGACACAUCUUCAGUUCCAAAACUCCUGGUGGACCUUCAUGUGAAGCUACUGAGGAAGAUUGGCAAGUCUGUGUCAGCAGACAGAUGGGAGAAGUACCUUGUGAAGGUGUGCCAUGAGUUCAACAGUACCUGGGCAUGGGAACUUGAAAAUAAAGGAUACAAGGAUAUGUCUGUGGAGUGCAAGACUGGAAUCCUCAAACACUUGUGUGAGUGCCAGUUUGAUGACAAUGUCAAGUUCAAGACAGCAAUCAAUGAAGAGGAUCCUGAAAAGAUGCGGCUCCAGCCAAUUGGAAAGGACAGGGAUGGUCUGAUGUACUGGUUUCAACUUGACCAGGACAAUAACGUGAGGGUCUAUGUGGAGGAGCAGGACGACCUGGAUGGGUCCUCCUGGAAGUGCAUCGUCAGAGAUCGAAACAGCUUGGCUGAGAUCCUGGAGCUGUUGAAGACUCAAAUCGACCCAGCAUUGUUGACAAAGAAAGGAGAGGAAGAUGAGAAGACCAGAGAAGGGGAUGUUAAAAAGAAAGAGGAUACUUCAGAGGAUGAAGAGGACAAACCCUUGAAGGACACUGCUUCCUUGAUCUCCCCAAAAAGAGAGAUUACAGAAAAAAACUCCCAAAAGGAGGAAUUAGAACUGGAUGUAUCAGAUGCCAAAUUUCCAUCUAAUGGCCUCAAAGACAACCAAGUGGAGGCAACAAGCCAAUCAGAGGAGCCUAUGGUAGAUGAUAAGGUCACCAUCAACCCCCAGGCCAUCAAAGAAGAGCCCAUGGAUGUGUCAGAAUCCAAGCCUCUUGCAGAGAAACCUCAUGUGACGCCACCAAUAGAACAAAUAGAGGAAGCCAAGAGGAAGACUGCAGAGGAACUCCAAAGGGCAAUGAAGAACGACCAGCAAGCCAAAAUCCCUUUGAAAAAGAGAGAGAUGAAACUGAGUGAUGAUUUUGAUAAUAAUGGUGGCAGUGGUAGUAGUAUCAUUGUGCGAACUCCAUCAGUUGCUACCGUCAAAGAAACACCUAAAGUUGAGCAGACAAAUAAACUGGUGUCUGUUGACCUGGAGGGGACGGUGAAGGAGACUCAAAGUGAUCAAGUGAAUGGUGAUCUUCAGCCUGUCAUAGAAAGAAGUAUCAAUAAUGGGUUGAGAGAAUCCUCUAAUCAAAUAAGAACACAAAGAGAAUGUGCUUAUGGCAAAGGACAGCUAAAAAAAGAUGUUGCUGUUGGAAACAUUGUGGCAGGAGAAGCUAGUGCAAAAGAGAAAACAAGCUUUUCUAUGGAAAAAGACAAUGAGGAAAGGGAGAUGGCAAGCAACACUAUGGAGACAAUGGACGGGCCAAUUCCUGAUAAAUCUAACCAAACUAACAUGGUUACUGCCACAGUGACAACAAAGGAAAUAGCUGAAGUUUCAGAGAAAAUAAAAGAAUCUUCCCUAAAAAAGUCUGUCCCCCCUCUAAUGACUGAGCCAUUGACUUCAUCUCAGGAUGCAACAAUCCCACCAGAGAUGUCUGAUCGUAAAAGGGAAAAAAUUGUCAAAACAUCUAAGUGGGAUAUGAAAGUGCGUUGUACAGAAGUCAAGACAUCCACAUCAAUACAAACACAAAAUGUAUCAUCUAGUAAGUCAGAGAAACCAGAAGAGACUAAAGGAAUGGAUUCAUCCUUUGGAUCUCAACCAGUGACCUAUAAGGAAAUAUCACAAACAUUUCUGGACAUUUGUCCCCUUUCAGUAGUUAAGGAGAAACAAACCACAGAAGCCACUGAAAAGUGGUUGGACCCUAAAAACCUCAAAACAUCAGUCAUCAGUAAACAAACCGAGAGACCAGACCCCAUUACAGAGAAACCCGACUGCUCUAAAUGCACAGAGAUGCCGGCAGUCAUUAAAAAUACAGAAAAAACAUUUUCUAACAAAGAGUGUGCUGAGAAAUGUGAUGGUUCUCAAGAUAUUGGAACAUUUUCUGUAAUUAAAAAGACAGAGAUUUCUGAAAAGAGUAAAUAUGAGAACUUGGUCAGCCCUAAUGAGACCAAUACAGCAUCAGUCAUUAAAAAGGCAGACAAACCAGUCCCCAAUAAAGGAGACCAUUUGGACAGCAUUAAAGAGACAGUUAAAUCAACUGUCAUAAAAAUGACAGUGAAAUCAGAGGUGUCAACACAUGCAGAUGUGAGAUGUGAUGGCCCUACAGACAUUGAAAUGUUAGCUGUAACCCUGGAGAAAUCCAGCAGUGCUGCAAGCACAGAUAGAAAGGCUGCAGUUGAAACCAAAUCUGGCCUAAAAAAUGAGAUGGCAGACAUCUCUAUGAAAUCAACCCAUUUACAACUGGAUGAACCGAAAAAAGGAACCAAAUCAGCUACCCCCGAAGAUGCUGGAAAAUUGUCUACUGCCAAAAUCGCCGGGAAGUCGCCUGGCCCCGAAGUCGCCGGGAAGUCGCCUGGCCCCGAAGUCGCCGGGAAGUCGCCUGGCCCCGAAGUCGCCGGGAAGUCGCCUGGCCCCGAAGUCGCCGGGAAGUCGCCUGGCCCCGAAGUCGCCGGGAAGUCGCCUAGCCCCGAAGUCGCCGGGAAGUCGCCUAGCCCCGAAGUCGCCGGGAAGUCGCCUAGCCCCGAAGUCGCCGGGAAGUCGCCUAGCCCCGAAGUCGCCGGGAAGUCGCCUAGCCCCGAAGUCGCCGGGAAGUCGCCUAGCCCCGAAGUCGCCGGGAAGUCGCCUAGCCCCGAAGUCGCCGGGAAGUCGCCUAGCCCCGACGUCGCCGGGAAGUCGCCUAGCCCCGACGUCGCCGGGAAGUCGCCUAGCCCCGACGUCGCCGGGAAGUCGCCUAGCCCCGACGUCGCCGGGAAGUCGCCUAGCCCCGACGUCGCCGGGAAGUCGCCUAGCCCCGACGUCGCCGGGAAGUCGCCUAGCCCCGACGUCGCCGGGAAGUCUCCUAGCCCCGACGUCGCCGGGAAGUCGCCUAGCCCCGACGUCGCCGGGAAGUCGCCUAGCCCCGACGUCGCCGGGAAGUCGCCUAGCCCCGACGUCGCCGGGAAGUCGCCUAGCCCCGACGUCGCCGGGAAGUCUCCUAGCCCCGACGUCGCCGGGAAGUCUCCUAGCCCCGACGUCGCCGGGAAGUCGCCUAGCCCCGACGUCGCCGGGAAGUCGCCUAGCCCCGACGUCGCCGGGAAGUCGCCUAGCCCCGACGUCGCCGGGAAGUCGCCUAGCCCCGAAGCCGUGGCGAGAUCGGCGUCACCAGAGGAAGCGGCGAGUUCUCUCAAAGAGUCUGUCCCAAUGGAGGAACCUAUGGAAAUACAUUUGGAAAAAUCGAUGGAUGACAGUGACUUCAAGAAAUAUACUGAUGAUGGCUGCCCAAAAAAGGCGGUAAUAGGUGGAGAGAAGUCUGAGAUCAAGCCUAAUAAAGACCUAAUAUCUUUGAACUGUGAUGCUCCAUCAGGAAAUCAGGCAACCAGGAAGAAGGCCUCAUUCCUCACCGAGAUUUUGAGUGAUGAAGACAAAAUCCAUGACCGAGUUAUGAAGGAAGAUGUCCCUCAAAAAGAUGUACAAGAGGAUGAUCAGGCUAAGAAAAAGGGUGAUGAUAAAACCAAGACAGAUGACAAAAAAGAAGAGGAAGGUGGAGAGAAAGAUGACAGAACAUCAGCUGCUAGUGGGGUAAAAGUAAGUGAGGGAUCUGAGGAAGAUGAGCCCAAGACGAAAAAGGAUGAAGACAAAAGUGAGAAACAGGAUGCGGUAACAACGUCAGAGAUUCAAGAGGAAGGGAUACGUCUGAAAAUACGUGGAAUUACCCACCGGAGGAAAGCUGAGCUCCAAAGAGAGGAGAGGGACUCAGGGUCAGACACUGGUGAGACUGGAAGAUCACUGAGGAGGUCCCCCAGGAUCUGCAGGCCAACCCCUAAAGGGGUGGAGUUCCAAGACAGGAGGAUGGAGAAGAAACAGACCACACCCACUGUGGAAAAAGUGGAUGAGGAGAAUAAAGAGGAGGAAGAACAGGAUAAAACUAUUCAGAGGAAACCGAGAGAGAAGGUUGAUGGACAGUCCAAAUCUAAGGGGCGACGAAGGAGAAAGACUCGAUGGUCCAACACUCGAACACGAAGGCGCAAAAAGAAUGGCUCAGGUGAAGAUGAGGAAAGCGAGUCGAGUGAAGAGGAGAGUGAGGAGGAUGAUAGUGAUGAGAGUUUUAAGGUAGAGGGUGGCAAGAGAAGAAGACGGAACAGGAACCGAGAGCGGCACAGUGACGACUCUGAUACCUCCUCGGAUGAUGACCUUCCUCCCAACGAUGACCCCUGCAAACACUGCGGCCUCCCCAACCAUCCCGAGCUGAUCUUACUGUGUGACUCGUGUGACAACGGUUACCACACAGCCUGUCUCAGACCUCCCCUCAUGAUUAUCCCAGACGGGGAGUGGUUCUGUCCACCCUGCCAGCAUAAGCUGCUCUGUGACAAGCUUGAGGAGCAGUUGACUAACCUUGAUGCUGCACUGAAAAAGAGGGAGCGUGCUGAGCGAAGAAAAGAACGGUUGGUGUAUGUUGGAAUUAGCGUUGAAAAUAUCAUCACUCCCUCAUUGGAGGUAGAGGAUGAAAAGCAGGCAGAGGUGGUAAAAAAAGAGAAGAAAGAGAAGAAAGAAAGAAUCAAGAGCUGGGGACGAAGGUCAACAAGGACAAAGAAAAGCAUAAGCUACAGGUUUGAUGAGUUUGAUGAGGCUAUUGAGGAAGCAAUUGAAGAAGACAUAAGAGAGGCUGAUGGUGGAGGUGCUGGCCGAGGCAAGGACAUGGCCAACAUCACAGGCCACAGCAGAGGGAAGGACAUGUCCACCAUCUUAGCUGCGGGAGAGGGUGGUGAAGGCAAGGAGAAUGGUCUCCUCCCACCGCGGCCCAGCGCCGGCCAGCGUAGGAAGAAGAGGCGGCGUCUCAACGACUUGGACAGUGACAGCACAAUGGAAGAAGAGGAGAGUGAGGAUGAGUUCCGUCUCAGUGACAGCACGGAGGAAGAAGAGUUUGUGGCGUCGGACAAGAGUGGCGCAGAGAGUGAAGUAGCAGUGGACUCCAACGACGACAGUGACUUUGGCAGUAUACGACGCAGAACCGCCAGGACAAGGAGGCCGGCAAAGCGUCAGAGAUGCACUCGGCCACGAAAGCGCCGCAAACCGGAAGGGUACUCUGACGAUGAAGAGGAGGAGACAAGUGAGGAGGAUGAGGACGAAAUUGUGUCAGAGGGCUCCAGCGAAUUCAGUGACAGCGACUUGGACUGUAGCCGUCGCCGAUCCCGCCGGAGUCAGACCAAAAAGCAGGUGAACUACUGCGAGUCGUCCGGUGACUCGGAAGGCUCCAAGGCAGGUGCCUGUCGCGACAAAGUCAAAUUGCGGCGGCGCCUUGAUAGCUCCGAAAGUGAAGCAAGCUGCUCCAGAGGCUCAGACAUCGGUGAGAGAGAGAGGACAAGGUUGAAGAGGCGGGCCGACUCAUCUGAGGAAGAGUCAAGGCAGCGCCGCAGACGGCUCUCUCUAAAACGGCGACGGGCAUCCGAGGAGGAUGACGACGACGACGACGAUGAUUCCGACCAGUCAUCAGAGGGAGAGCGUCCAGUCCGCAAGCGUGUGAACCGCAUCGACUCUGAUGACUCUGAUGACGAGGAGAAGGAAAAGAAAGAAAUCAAGGAGGAGGAGGAAGGUGGUGUUCUAGGGAAGGGAGCCAGCCCGUUGGACUACAGCCUGGUGGAGCUACACCCCCCCACCAACGGACAGAGUCCCAUCAAGGCCCUGGAGAGCUUGGCUCACAUUGGGCCCCAAAAACUUGGGGCCACAGCUGUUGCCAUAGCACCAAAUGGACUAGAGGUGGUGCCACAGGACGAUGAUGAGGACGAUCUGCUAGGGGUCACUGACCUGGUGGACUUUGUCUGCAACAGUGAUGUGUUGUAAAACCCAUUUUUUCUGUAGUAUUGUAUUUUUGAUAUUCUGUUUCUUCCUCCAUUGACUGACUAUAGUCCUGUCCUUACGUGUUUUAUUUGAUUCAUUCUCCUCAUCCCCUCAUGUGACCCCAACCAUGCUAUGAACUGGACGCCCACCUGGACGAAAGUUCAUUGUCUUCAGUCUUUGCACCGCUCGCCGUGGGAUUGUACAGUCCGAGAGAAUAUAAACUCAGAAGGUUGUUUUGCAGCAUGGGACUUUUUCUUAUCCAUGUACUCUGUCACCGAUGGACAUGCGUGUCAGAUACCGUAAACAACACACAAAUUAACCUACCUGUUUUUGCCAGCCAACUUCCAGGGUUGCCUACUCAGGGGUACAUCCACUACCCCUACAUGACCCCUCCUUACGUAGAGCCCAUCACUCAACUUCAUGGUUGUGUUCAUUAGUCCCCAAAUGGAAGAAAACAGACAACCUAUGAGGGACAAUAAGAUCAAUAAGACAGGAAAAUGUAUUUCUGUUUUGAAAUGUUUCAAACCUUUUUCCGUUGUAUGACCUAAUGAACAUGACCCAUUACCUCCUGUUCUCCUGAGAGACUCCUCUGUGUAUUGUUCCUGCUUGGGACAGAGGAUGUUUUAUUGUAAGAUAUUAAUACAUUAUUUGUUGGUCUUUGUAGAAAAUAGAUGUGUAUUGUUUUCUCUGUAUAUCAUUACCACUCAUAAGAUUUCUAAAUUGCUCAGAGAAUAGAAGCAAGAGGUCAUGAGUCGAACUGCAUUCCAUUAACAACUUAAAUUUAUAUUGUUGUGGAUCACAGCUGGAAACCAAUCAUUUUUAUCCCCCUUUACCCAAAAUGUUUAAUCUGAACGUCUUCCAAAUGAAAAGAAAUACUGAUUUGAAAUUGAUAUCUUCCUUCAUCCAUCAAACUAUUUAUUCUUUGUAUUCUAUUAUAUUAAAGUCGCUUGUUUCUUAAGCUAAACCAUUAUACAGGUUCCCCACCUUUUUUGUACCAUUUACAAAAAAAACGCUGGAUUUAAAAAAAAAACAUGAUUGCAACAGAGUUUGAGUCAGUAUUCACAUGGGAGAACAAGACACUGAACCAUUAUUAUCAUACUAGGAACAGUUUUUUUAAAUAAAUGGGUGACCAGAACCACAAAUGGUCCCCAUACAUAAAAUAGUAUUUCUCAUGGAUUUGGUCAAUUGUUUUUACCCAAAGCAUUGAAACAUACUGUCAUCUAUAACCGAUGUUUCUUUUAAUGAAAUCGUUCACAUCGAGUGGUAUUUAGACCCCCCCCCCCCCCCAUUUCAUUAUCGAUACUAAACACUAUCAAGGCAGCUCCUUAGUGCAUCACGCCAAGUUCCAAGUGUCAUUUAGUCAACAUUCAGAUCUGAUAACUACCACCAGAUGUACAGGACAUUCAUUUAAAUGGAGGUUUGAGUGUAUAUAAUGACCAACUAGAGUAGACCAACCCCGAUCUCACCUCUCUGUGCAUAUGGACUAGUUUCUAAGCCGAGUUUAGUUUUUGUAUACUGAGUACAUAUAUAAAUAUUAUUUUAAAGUGUCUGCUGUCAACACUAUCAGUGGAUGAAAUGCCCAUGUUUUAGACUCAUUAAAAUAAUCUAAUAUUUAAAGGGAGUUGUUGUGUGGAAUGCCUUAGAGAUUUUUCUGAAACUUCUGCCAACUUUCUGUCUCUCCCAAUCAUGAGACUAGUACAGCCAUGUCAUUUUAACCAUUAUUUGGGUUUUAUAAUAAUGUAUUUCUUUGUAUAUCAAGUAUAUCAGUAGUUUUUCUCCUCUGCAAACCAUCAGGCGGCAUAUUGUUUCCUAUGUACCUUUGUAGUCAAUACUGUAUUUACAAAAACCUGGAAAGUAAAGGUACUUACUGAGUUCACUUAACUACUUGUGAUUGUUUAGCAAAAUCCUUUUUAUUUUUAUUAAUCCAUGUAAUUAGUUUUUACUAGAUUCUGGUGUUCUGUUAACCCUCUUCCACCUCUAGUAUGCAGUGUUAACUGUAGAACACUGCGCUCGCUCACUCUAGUCUCCCUUCUACAUCUCACUGCAUUAACUGGAGACUAAAUAAACCUUGCUGAUCUCAGAAAGACUGUCCUUCGCGUGGUCUCAUGAGCUCAUUUUGGUUUUGAGGGUUCUAUUUUUAGGUUUGGUUAAAUCACUGACCUUCUGGGCCUGUAUUCAAAGACAGUAGGAGUGCUAUACAUAUAAUCGUAUUCAGUAUGAACAAAAAUAUAAAAGUGAUCUUAUUUCCGCACCCUCUGACAUUUAGAACACAGUCUCUGGCCUCUAAUCAAGAUGAUUAAUAAACAGCAUGCUGGAUUAUCAUUGUGUGGGAAUGAUAUACCAGAAUGCAGUGUUUGGGCAAAUGGUUCAGAAAAAUUCACUAAAAACUAAAUUGACUUCUGUUAGUUUUUGCAUAUCUGUCAUUUUUGCUAAUAUAUAUUUAGAGGCUUUUUAUCAUGGCGAAAUUUAUAUUUGGCAGUUCUUUGCAAUUGCGUGUCUUUUUUUUUUUUUUGUGGAGGGGUUGUUAUAUGGGGACAACCAUUUUUGUAUUGAAUUCAUCAGAGAUCUGGCAUGUUUGUUGGAUGUUAUUUUAUGUGCUGAUGUGUUGGCCUCCCAAAGUAUUUGCAAGGUUCAGUAACCAGCCCUUUUCUCAGCGGUGUUCCCUGUGUCCUGCUACUGAACAGGAGAGCAUGAGUAAUCCACCGGAGACAUGGGUUGACUGCCCAGUUCAGUAAACAAAAAACCAAUUGAAUAAUAAUACAAAAAUACACCGAAUUGGAGGAAGCUACUUAAAAAAAACACUUAGUUUUUAGUAGUUCAUAAUUUGUGUGAUACCUGAAAUGCAGUCAACACAUUUGGUUCUAUUGAUGACAGUUACAUGAUUAGUUUGAAAGCCCCUAAACAUCGACUGGCAGUUCCGUUGUGGGAAUCUGAUGCAAAUGACUAGGGUUUGUUUGGAAUGAUGAAAUAUAUUUUCUAUUUAAUGUUCCCUAGAGAUUACUUUAAUCAAGUGUAUAUCAUGAGAAUGACCUUGGAGUGACACUACUUCAUAAAAAAUAUGUUGAAGCAAAUAAUCAUAAAUGUAGGAAUACAGCAGGACAGUGUCAGUCAGUCAUGUAGGCAGUUCUCUGCUAUAGGGAAGUUUGUGCCAACGAUUCAAAAAGUGUGUGUUCCUUAUUACCAAUGGAAUUGGGAGGACAAAGGAAACUGUUGGUCUGGAAUAUGAACGUAAGGUUAUAGAUUGGUUGUCUGUUUUAUCUGUUCCUCUUCAAGACCUUUUUAUUAACUUUACUGUAUUUUCUAUCAUAUGAAUACAAUCUUGUACAUUUUUCAUAAUAAAAAGGUGUUGAACCUGGUA